AUGGGUGUCGACGUGACCCAGUGGCGGGCCGCCGUGGGCACCCACGCUGGAAGGGUGAGGCCAGCGGUGCCUGUGGCGAGAACGCGGUAUGGCGCGGCAUCGGGAUGCUACCCCUAUCGGUUCCCAUCAGACACAGAACCCUUGGCGAUUCUCAAGGCGUUGCGCCAGCACCACAAGUUUGGGUUGGUCGCAGAGUGCAUCUUACCUGCAGACUCUCAAAUGCGGAAGGAGUUUUUUAAUGGGCUCGUGGGCUUCUUGCUGCUGUUGGAGGCAGGCAUCGAACGGAAUCCAGGUCCUGCAGGCGACGAUGAGAGCAGGGAUGAAUCAAAGGCGAAGCGUUUAAAGUCUGCCAACUCAACGACGCGCCGAAUCGACUCCUUCUUCAGACCAGCUUCAACCUCAGUGACAGGGCCAUGUACGGAGUCGGUGCCGGCCCCGGGCAGCUCUUCAUUUUCGUCUCCGAUGAUGUCACCGUCGCCUUCCCCGUCACCAACUCCAUCACCAUCGCCAAUGCAGUCGCCCUCACCAGCCCCCUCAUCAACUAUCAGCGACCCGGAGCCAACUCAACCCAUCGGUCAACCUCCUGGUACCUCCAGUGCUUCUUCUUAUUGGGUUGCGAAUGAUAUUGGUGAUUGUAUAGGCAAAGGGGAAACUAUUUCUGAUCACAAAAAGUACCAAUUAUUAGAAAAUCCUUGGCGGCCACCCCCUGAUUAUGAUUUACCAUUCAGUUCCACCUCUAUGAAAAAUAAAGAUGGGACUUUAAGGAAAAGAUAUUUGAACCAAGGGCACUUAGAUAAAUAUCGUUCCUGGCUUGUUCUUUCUCAUCGUGAUAGAGGUCUGUACUGCAAGUACUGCGCCUUGUUUUCAGUGAGCGGUAAAGCAGGUCAUAAUAAGGCUAUGAGGUUGGGCAAACUUGUGAGUGAACCACUUACUAAUUUCAAGAAACUGGUGGGUAAGGAUGGUCACUUAGAUUGCCAUGAAAGCUUGAAAUACCACAAAGAAGCUGUUGAGGCUGGCAAAGAAUUCAUGCUAAUUUACCAUAAGCCGGAACUUCAAGUUGCAAGCCGAAUAAAUCAGCAACGCGUCGAUGAAAUCAAAAGCAAUAGAGAGCGGCUGGAACCAAUCAUCAGGGCUUGCAUGUUUCUUGGGCGGCAGGGUUUAGCUUUUCGAGGUCAUAGAGAUGACGGUGAACUGUACCCUGAAAAAGAUGAACUAUUUCGAAAAAAUGUCAACAGUGCUGUAUGCAAUCAGGGAAACUUUAGAGAAGUACUUAGGUUAAUGACGCAAUCAGGUGAUGAGAGACUCAAGCGACAUCUGAUGACUUCAUCUGCCCGGGCAACGUACGUGGGGAAGAAUACUCAAAAUGGCCUUAUUAAUUGCAUUGGUGAUGAAAUUCUUGAAAGUAUUUUACAAAAAGUACGUAGCGCAGAGUAUUUUGCAAUAAUGUUCGAUGAAACAUCGGACAUAUCACACAAAUCUCAAUUGAGUCUAGUCAUCAGAUACGUUACAAGUGCAGGGCAGGUCCACGAAAGCUUCGUAGGAUUCAUUGACACAUUUGACGACAUUUUAGAAACAGAGAAAAAACAGAAUGAAGCAGAACAGGAUGAUGAACAGGAAGAAGAACGAAGAGAACCUGCAACUGAAACAAAGUUAACAGGGGAAGCAAUAGGGCUUAUCGUUAUACGCAUGCUGCAGAAGCUACGACUGAACCUUGACAAAUGCAUUGGAAUUGCAACAGAUAACUGCUCUGUAAUGGUUUCAGAGUUGAAGGGUGCGGUGCAAGAGAUACAGAAGUAUGCGAGAAACGCCCUUCGCACUCCCUGCUUCAGUCACAAAUUAAACUUGUCCCUUUCGAAGUCAAAUCAAGUUAUCAGCAUUAGAAAUGCCAUCGGAACGAUGAAGAGCUGUGACUUUUUUUGA